AUUCAGCUUUCAGAGCACAUAACAUUCUCUUCACAAAUGAGUGUGAGAUGAACCAAAGUACAGAUCUGUCCCCCAACAGGGACGGAUAUCCGACCAGCAGGUUAACUGUAUCAGUUUAAACUUAUAUUUGCUAACUCAAAAGGACCCGGACUAACAUGAACACUGGCCCUGUUCGGAUUGGUAGACCACAUGGGGACUGAGGCCUGGUUCUAAUGAAGCGAAUCAUAAUUUCUGAGCUCCUGGGUAAGAUUUGUGACCAUAGACAGAGCAGAGCAGGUCACCACUCGGCUCGGUGUGACCAGACGACACCACUGAAGAAUCGUUAUGAGAGAGACGCUUCAAUAUCUUCUGCUUGGUCUUUUCCUCAUAGCUGCUGUUGGCUCUGCCUGUGUUCCUUUCCAGUGUCUGAGAUGUAACCUCACGGACUUGACUCUACCAGGUAACAUCUCUGUCCAGGGACUGCGGAACGCUUCCUGCAUUCAGGAUGAUCUAUAUGCAAAUAUUUCAUCAAAAUGCAAAAAAGACUUAAAGGUUUCUUCCAACCGCAAUGAAACUGAAAUUGAUGAGGGCAAAGCCAUCAAUCUGAAAUGUGUCCAUGACCUCAAAAAGCUGGUGUCGUUGUCCGGAUGGAAGAAGGACGGGGAGGAAAUCUCGAAGGAAAAGAACAAGACCACAUUUAGGCUCAAAAAAGCUUUGGCGCAUAAGUCGGGCAAGUACAGCUGCUAUGUGGAGAGCUCAUGUGGCUAUUUGGAGUCCGAGCCACAUGAUCUCAAAAUUAAAAACAACAGUCAGAUCCUCCUCAUCGUCUGUGGGAUUUCAGCUUUGGUCCUGGUCGUGACUAUGGGACUGGUGCUGAAGUACAAGCUGAAAAGAGACAGCGCAAAACACAAAGAGAGGAUGGAGAUGAGGAACCAGGCGGCGAGGUCUGGAGGUCCAAAUCCAAUCGGGCCGAGGGUCUAAACUCUCACAUUUCAAAAUGAAUCAGUGCUGAUACUGUUUCACAAUCUGCUAUCAUAGUAUUUCAUAUCGAAAUAAAACUUCUUUAAUCCCUGUC